UAAUGGUGCAUUUGCGAGGAUGGAUGUCGCGUCGCACUAUAGAAGUCGCGCAGAAACCCCCACUAAGAAAAUAGUUUUCAGGCUUCAGAUUUCUCAGCGUCAUAACUGUUAGUUUCGCACCAUAACAUCAACAUUAUGGCAGACACCGAAAAGAAGGCCGGUGAUGACUUGGCUACUCUAAAAACUACGGUCGGAACUAUCAAAAAUUUAAUACAACAGCUACAAGCCUCCGCGAAAGCUCCGGAAGAUGUCAAGGAGGGGUCAUCUUCCGAAGAGACCGAGCAACCUAAGCAUGCAGAUGUCAACGCUAUUGACCUUGCCCAUGAUUCAGCGAGUCUCAUUAAGGCGCAUUCAACAAAGCUGUCUCUCUUGAUUAUCAAUAAACCAUUUACGGCGUCGGCAAUCAAUAAAGUGUUGCGCGAACUUGUGGCUGGACCCUUACCAGGCCUGGCAUCUGCCGUCGAAAUUUGCAACGCAGCGAAAUAUACGAAGGCUAUGAGUGAGGAACUACAGUGGAGAGUGAAGAAGGUCUUGACGGAGUUGUCAACUCUCAUCGACGCAAUUCCUCUGGAUGGGAAAGUUCUGAGCGAGGAUAAGAAGAAUGGGACGGGGAAAUCGAGUGGGAAGGGUAGUUUGGCUUCGACAGGUGUUGUAUGGGAUGCCUGUGAUUCUGUCAUGGGGCUGAAGACUUUAGGUGUAGCAGGAUUGGCUAUGAAGAAAGCAGAAGAAUAUCGAGAUUUAGUCAAGGAUGCGCUCGAAGAGUUACAAGCAUGGGCGGAGGAGGAAUCGGAUGACGAUGAAGAUGAUGAGGAUGAGAAUAGUGGUGAUGAAGAUGACGAGAAGAAAGACCCUCAAGAUAUUGUGGAUGAUCUUUUUGGAUCCCAAUCACAUAUACCCAAGGGCGACCCGGAAAAGAUUCGUGAAAAGCUCGAAUCGUCAACGAAAAGAUUAAGACUUAUAAUUCUAAUGUACCAAGCGGUCGAGAAGAGAAGGUUAAAGACACUUCCUCGUCUACCGCAUCCCGAGUUGCCUGCACAACUGAAGGAGAAAUCCCCCGAAGACCCAGGUAUAGUAGAGUGCUUAGAUGAGGUACUUGUAAGAAUGAAGAAAAUUACAAACCUCACGGAUGAUUUAGCAAGUGCCUUCUAUGAUUUGGAUAGUGCUGCAAUUGAUAAGCUCAUGGAUGAGACUUGGUUUACGGGUUUUGCCACAGUUGAAUUACUGAUCAAGAAUUGGGAGGGACAAAAAGAUGAUUUCACUACUUGGGUGCGUAUGAUCUUCUGAGGAUUGGAUCGUUUUGCUAAUACUCCCUAGGCAUACAAAUUUCAGCUUGCUAUGAAAAAGGGCUGGUAAAAUCAUUAGGGCAAAAAAUCCAGAGAAAUAUCAUUCUGCCAUUACAUCGGCAUCUUAUGUUCUACCUAUACUUUGAUGUUUGGUCAAUUAUUAGAUGCAUCCUAAUAAGCGCAUCUGUGGAGGAGCUUAGGUUAUGGAUGUUGUCAAAGAGGAAAUGCUUUGGACUCCUGGUUGGUAUAUUUAGAAUACAAAAUGAUAUGAUACCCAAAGCAAUACGAAGUCAUCUUUUGAUUUCUUCGAAUCACAAUCAGGAUU